CUCCACAGAGGCUCUCGAUGGGGCAGCCGGCGUCCCUUCGGGGGCCCAGGGGGGCCCAAGGUGGGCUUUCAAGAGUGGCUCCUCUUGGCCAUGGCAGACCAGGCAGGCUCCGGGGUGCGUGGCUCGUGCGUGGCAUCCUGGCCAUGAGCUGGCGUCAGCCUGGGCAGGGCUGGACGGCGUGAUUGGAGCCUGGUGGGAUUCGUCGGAGCCACUCCGUCCGACCCAGGCGCUUCCCCGGCGAUGGCCAGGAGUUGGUGACGGGCGCAACUGGGGGCCCCAACAGCCCCACACAGCUGUCGCUGGCCCCGGGACGGCUGCGCCAUGCCAGUGACAAAGUUUGGCGUGGCAGACUAUGCCAUUUUCGUGCUGUUGCUGGUGUUCUCGGCCGGCAUCGGGCUGUUCCACGCACUGAGCGGCGGGAAGCAGCGCACGACCCAGGAAUUCCUGCUGGCCAAUCGCAGCAUGACCUUCUUGCCCGUGGCCCUUUCGUUGCUGGCCACCUUCCAGUCAGCUGUGGCCAUCCUGGGCGUCCCCUCCGAGAUCUAUCGCUUUGGGACAGAGUACUGGUUCCUUGGGUGCUCCUACUUCCUGGGGCUCCUCAUCCCCGCUCACGUCUUCAUCCCAAUCUUCUACCGCCUGCGCCUGACCAGCACCUAUGAGUACCUGGAGCUGCGUUUCAACAAGGUCGUGAGGAUCUGUGGAACAGCCACCUUCAUCUUCCAGAUGGUGGUGUACAUGGGAGUGGUCCUCUACGCCCCCGCGCUGGCGCUCAGUGCAGUGACCAACUUCAACCUCUGGGGCUCAGUGCUGACCAUCGGCCUGGUCUGCACCCUCUACACCGCCCUGGGCGGCCUCAAAGCCGUGAUCUGGACAGACGUGUUCCAGACGUUUGUCAUGUUUGCAGGGCAGGUGGCCGUGAUCGUGGUGGGCACCGUCAAGGUGGGCGGCAUGGGGCGCGUCUGGCAGCUGGCUGCUGAGCGGGGCAAGGUGUCCGGUAUUGACCUGGAUCCAGACCCUUACGAGCGGCACACCUUCUGGACGCUGGCCUUCGGGGGGGUCUUCAUGAUGCUCGCGCUCUACGGGGUGAACCAGGCUCAAGUCCAGCGGUACCUGAGCUCUCGCUCUGAGCGGCAGGCGGUGCUCUCCUGCUACGCCGUCUUCCCCUGCCAGCAGAUUGUGCUGUGCCUCAGCUGCCUCACCGGCCUGGUCAUGUUUGCCUACUACCAGGAGCAUCCGUUGGGCCAGGAGCAGAGCACCGCCUUGCCAGAUCAGAUGGUCCUCUACUUUGUGAUGGACGUGCUGCAGGAAGUGCCCGGCCUCCCUGGCCUCUUUGUGGCUUGCCUCUUCAGCGGCUCCCUAAGCACCAUCUCCUCAGCCUUCAACUCGUUGGCAACGGUGACCAUGGAGGACCUGAUCCGGCCGUAUGUGGCCAGCAUCCCCGAGGGACGUGCCACGCUGUACUCCAAGUUGCUGGCCCUGGGCUACGGACUCCUCUGCCUGGGCAUGGCCUACAUCUCCUCCAUGAUGGGCUCCGUGCUGCAGGCUGCCAUCAGCAUCUUCGGCAUGGUGGGAGGGCCGCUGCUUGGACUCUUCUGCCUGGGCAUGUUCUUCCCGUGGGCCAACGCCGUGGGUGCUGUUGCCGGCUUGGCUGCUGGACUGGCCAUGGCGUUUUGGGUGGGGAUUGGGAGCAUGGUUGCCAACUCACAGACUCUGCCCCCCGGGCCCAUCGUCCCCCCGCUUGAUGGGAACCUGACUACUGCUGUCAUGACAACGCUGCUGACCUCCGCCACGGCCCCGGAGAGGCUCACAGGGCUGCGGAAGUUCUACAACCUGUCAUACAUGUGGUACAGCGCACACAACUCUACCACCGUCAUCGUCGUGGGGCUGCUGGUCAGUUUCCUCACUGGCCCCACGCGUGGGGAGGACGUGAACCCCCACACCAUCUUCCCAGUGCUGCCGCGCCUACUUUGCUGUUUGCCUGAGCGGUACCACGCCUUGCUGCACUGUGGGGUCCGUGACCCUGCAGAGGGCGGAAGCUGCUCAGAGCCACCAUCUCCGGCCCUGGAGAAAAGCCGCAACGGGGUGCUGAACGGACUCCCAGAGGGCCUGCCCCCCAGGGGUGACACCACGGGAGAGGAGCUGGGAGAGGAGCCGGGUGAAGGGUUUGCCCGGGCAGAGGGCGCCCCUGCCUACAUCCUCCGGGAGACAGCCCUCUGACCAGGGCAGAGCCAGCCGGCUGGCCGUGGGGAUCUCUUCUGAGCCGGGAGACGCGUCCCAGCGGCCCCUGUGCCAGGAGCGCUCCCGGCACCUUCUUCCAGCUCAGGCUCAUCCUGUGCUGGUCUCCCGGAGGAGCCCCUGCCAGGCAGCA